AGUGGGUUGCCUUCGGCUUCUUUAUACGUGUCGUGUACUACGUACUUUCACAUUCAUUUUGUUAUUUUCGCUCUGAACGCAGUGCAACUACGUCAUAAACGCAUAAAAUGGCUCCACCACAGAGAAUGCGCGUCGCUAACGAAAAGGCCAGCAAAUAUGUGACAAUGCGUGGCAAUGUACCCAAAUCCUCGAAAGCGAAAGAAGGACAAUACCCUGUGGGACCCUGGCUCUUGGCAUUGUUUAUCUUUGUCGUCUGCGGAUCAGCGAUUUUCCAGAUCAUACAGUCGAUUCGGGCUGCGUAAACCUGAGCGUACACAAAAUUUAAUUAUAUAUACCUAAGCUCAGCAUACUAACACACACACACACACACACACAGACAGAACAGCUUUGACGUCUUCUCUCAAGAACCCUUCGUAACUAAACUAUCCCGGCAUUAUGUGCAACGUCCGCAGAGAUAUUGAACUCCACGACAACUUGGCUUUUUAGUUUACCGAAUUUUAUGCAAUACGUAUUUCUAUACACAUGCAAAAUUUAAGUCCAUAUUGUGUAAUUUUUAUUAAUAAUUAAGCUUAUAAACCGAACAUUAUGUACGCCCAUAUUGUGAAAGCAUUCCUGCAAACCGCUGCGCGCACUUACAAAAUACUUAUUUGCUGAUUGUGCAAAAGGUAUGCACAAGUUUAUAGAUAACUGCAUUUUAAAAAGCUUUUGCAGCGAUUUGAAUAGUGCAAGUGUUUAAAUGUUAUUUUCGGAUACGAGGACGACUAGAAGAAAAAAUUUAUAAGUAAAUACAAUGAUGAAUAUAA